AUGGAUGAAAUGGAUGAAGAUAAAGCCCAUCUCUAUUCUUUCACUGCUGUCUCCUCGAAUCUGCGCAAGGAAUCCACGUUUAUUCACGCCAGGGAGCAACGUAUCUUGUCGCCCUGUCAAAGUCGGCUAUGGACACCCACAGUCGAGAAGACGUUGCGGCAGAUCUCCUUUGCUCACUCCAUUUUUGGGUCCUCGCAUGAGACGGUAACGUGUCGUGCUGAGCGACUGCUUCGUCUGUGUGAUGAAGGAAGAGACACUCAACCAAACUCGAGUGCUGCACCCAUGCGUAAGGUCUUCGGCCACUCUGGCUCAGAUGCCAAAGAUACUAUCCUUAAGCUCGCCAGACUUCACUUCCUGGCCAAGGGCGAACCAUAG